AUGGCCCUGCGAAGCUGUUCGCCCUNCAGCUGGCACUUCACGCCACCUUACGCACCGAACUUCGGCGGACUCUGGGAGUCUACUGUCAAGGCGUGCAAACAUCAUCUCAAGCGCGUGAUUGGAGAGGCUCUCCUUACCUAUGAGGAGCUCACUACGCUCAUGAGUCAAAUUGAAGGUUGCUUAAACUCAAGGCCUCUUGGGUAUCUUAGUUCAAACGAUGAAGACCCAGUCGCCUUAACCCCUGGACACUUUCUGAUAGGAGCCGCCCUUAUUUCUCCUCCUGACCCUACAGAAUUGGAUUCCAAAACUUGUCUCAGUUCCAGAUGGAAGCACGUGCAGCAAAUCCGCAAUCACUUCUGGUCUAGAUGGAGUCAGGAAUAUCUCACUCAGCUGCAGCAACGUACCAAGUCGACGCGUGCUCAGCCCAACCUUCAAGUGGGAGAAGUAGUCCUAAUCAAAAACGAGCUUCAACCUGCCACAAAGUGGCUCAUGGGCCGCAUCGUGCGAACCUUCCCAGGAGAAGAUGGCCUAUGUCGGGUGGCAAUGGUCCACACGGCCAAGUCUGAACUUCGUCGGCCUGUCAGCAAGCUGGUGCCACUCACCGCUUCGCCAACAACCUCACUUCCAGAUAACUAA